UCUGCUUAUUAAUCGUCUAAUUGAGAAACGCGACGGAAUGAUAUUUCACUUUCGAUUCACUGUCGAUGUAUCGAAGUUCUGUUCGACUUCGCCUCUGAUUGGCCACGUUCGGCAGAAUGUUUAUUUUGCAACUGUUGCUUAUCAAUCAUCCAAGUGAAAAAAAAAAACGGCGGAGUGAUAUUCAAAACCAGCUGUCUACAAUAGUUGUAAGUCGUAAGAAUUGACUUAGCCAUAAUCGAAUGCAAGGAAAAUAAUCGAUUGUGAUAAGUCAAUUAUUACGGUUUAUGGCUAUUACAUGCCGGUAUUCAUCGAUUAUGAAUAUACAUAUAUAUAUUUGACGUCGUCUUAAAUACAAUUUACCAAUCACAGAGCCGUAUAAUAUCUUAAGACGUUACUUAAGAAAUGGUCUUGAAAUAAAAAUUAACUAUAUGAAUACCGGCCAUAGAAUAUAGGCUUUCCACUUUCGAGUCAUAUCGAUAUAUUUUUUACUUUACAGCUGUUGUAAAUUUUCUUCGCUGAUAUAGGACUAUUUCUCUAAAUUUAAAAGUACAGUCCAAUCACCAUAAAGAAAACUUAACAAAGUUGUAAAAAGAAACAUUUUGCUAGAGUUCGAUUGUAACACACAAUUUCAUGAAAAUUACAUAAAAAUAAGCAAAUUUACUGUGUGUGCUAAUUGUAAAUAUUUCAGUAAAUUUGCUCAUUUUUGUAAUUUUUAUCAAAUUGUGUAAUACACAAUUCUGAAUGCGAAUCUCUAAAUGUGGCUAUUAUUAAUCCACGCGAUGUUCGCGGAUAAAAAUAUGUGACGUUUUUUUAUCCUUUUUUUUAAAAUGACUUAAUAUAUUCACGACAUUUGCUUUGGCUUUUGGAGGCAAUUAAAUAUUAUACGAAUUUCAUACCAAAUGUCAAAUGUGAAAGUUUCGAGAGUCGUUAAAGCAGAAAUCCUCUAAUUUAGUUGUGAAACAGUUAAAUUUGAUUGGUCGUCUAUUUUUCGUCAAUUCGCGUUAAAACGGAGCGAAGAUAUAGUACCUAUAUCUUUCCUCAUUCGCAGGAUUUUGACGAAAUUGUAACGGAAACUCUAUAUACAAAAUACGCUCGUGAUUCUUAUUAGAUGGACUCUCGCUAAAAAGAUGUCGAGAAUUUUUUUUUGUCCGCGACACUGUAAACUUGGCGUCUUCGACGCCCUCUGCUCUCACAAUCAGUUCGGUCGUCCCCACGAACGCGCAUCUAAAUAAUUCGUGCGUAGUGAUCGUAGCUCAAAAAAAAAUAUCUUUAUAAUAAAACUAUAUCUUUAUUGGUUAACUUAAUAUAUUGCACAGCCUACGUCUCCUUUAAGGUUCAAUUUCCUUCGUACGCGUCAAACGUGGUUAAACGCGCCUCGAUUCACGCCGAAGAUACGAACGGACUGUGCAGCGUGUUUAUCGAUCGUAUUUACGUGGUCGACGAUAUAGGCAAGCGGAUUCGAAAGCAGCGAAAUUCAUGUAUCUCCAUUUCUUUUUAAACUCGAUCGUCGUAAACGCGUGAAUUCGCCUCAUGAUCGUCCGACUGACGUUCUCGUGAAUGAUAUUAAGUAAGACUAUCGACCCGCGUCGGGGCUAACAAGUAUACGUAAGAGACUCGAGUUCUCUGGAAGGAAGAAGAGAGAGGGAGGUAGAGAGAAGGAAAGAGAGAGAGAAACAAAAGAAGUUUAGUCGCGUAAAACACAGAACUAGCGGUGUGGAGUUACCGCGUAGGAAUUUUGGUGAAUUCGACUGGUGCUAUAUAGACACGAAUGGAAGAAGAAAUAGUAGUAGACGACAUAGAUGAGAAUAAUGCAACGGAUACACAGCAGACGGAUGAUCCCUCUACUACGUCUGUAAUGCCAUUGCUGUACAUCCAGCAAAAUAAAGUACGUUCCACCCAAUCGUCACAUAUAAAUCAAACUCUUGUUUCACCUAACACUCAACUCGCUGCCAUUAUUAAUCCAGUUAAUAAUCAGAUUGUGACUGGACAAAAUAAGGUGUUUAUACAAGGACCAAGUCAAGUAGCUACAUCUCAAAGUAAACAACACAUCGUGAUUCAUCGUCCAAUAAAUACUGUGAGCACUGCAACGCCUUCACAAGCUCAAAAACAUAUUUUACUUAGAAAGUCAACAUCCACUGCUCAGAUAGUGCCCUUGAAUACGACGCAAGGGAAUCAGACCAAUGCACAAGUGGGAAAGCAUACGUUUGCGUAUUUGGGAGCCUUCAUUAAACCUAACAAAUCACGAGAGUCCGUUGUUAUACCUGCAGGGGCUCUAACAUCGACUCAGAUAAAUAAGCCCAAAAUAGUAAUUACUCCAGUAAUAUCACAAUUAGCACAAACAUCAACAAGUACCACAAGUGGCUCUCAGAGUCAAACUCAUAAACACAUGGCGAAUUUAAUAUUGCCAGUGAACAUUCCCCAACAAAGCAACACCACAAAACCUAGCAUGUUCAACCUAAAAAUUAAUAAUGGUCAACUAAGUACGGACAGCAAAGGUACCAUAACAGUGUUACGUGAGUCAAAAACGACAAAUUCAACGACACAUCCCCCACCGUUGCAUCCAAUAGCAAAAAUGAGCCUCUUAAGUGCAAAUAAGGGCAGUUCUAAUUCGAUAGACAGUAUAAAGAUCACUGAGAACCCAGAUUCCGCUGUUAUCACGCCAAUUCCGAAAAAGGAAGACAAUCAACCGGAAAAGCGGAAAAAGACAAUUAGCAACAUAUUACGAGGUUCUACCGAAAAACGGAUGAAGAAGCAAAAUAUUCCAAAAUCUCCUCAAGACAGUCUAGCUGAUACUAAUUAUGCACUAAGCAGUCCCGAGUCUGAACAGGACAAAGAUAAGAAGGCUCAAAAUGACGAUGACAUCACAUUGAUUAAAGUUAUUCCUAGUGAGGAUAAAGUUUCGAAACUUAAUACGAAUAUGGAUGAUGAUAUAAAAAUAGAAAUAAUUAAAACUCCAACAAACUGCAACGUUGAAGCAAUGCCAGACAAUAAGAGUGAAGCAAAGAGUAACAAUUGUGACGAGACGAAGGAACAGUUGAAUACUUCGAAUCAGAACAAUACGAGUUUUGAUGCGUCUAAAGUUUUAGACUGGAAGGAUGGUGUUGGUACUUUGCCUGGAAGUAAUUUACAGUUUCGUAUGAACGAAUUCGGCAUUAUGGAAGUAGUAGAUGAAGAUGAGAGUCAAAAACAGAACAAAGAUGGUAUUGGUGACAAAGAAAAUGUGUGUUUAACACAAAAUUCUUCAAAAACCAGCUCAGGAAUUGUUAACAACACUAGUGUAGAGAAAAAAGCUGAGGAAAGAAAAUCUAGAUCAGUAAGCGCAGAUACUAUGUAUCAUUGCGAAGCUUGUGGAUGUUAUGGAUUGGCUGCUGAAUUUGAAAGUCCAAUAUCAUGCAGUCCUUCCUGCACGGAAGUAAUAGAGGCUAAAAAGCAGCCUGCAAAUCGAAAAGACAAGGAUCUAAAAGAAGUACGCAUGAAAAAGAAACGCAAAAGAUUAUUACAAGAACCACAGUGGUCGAAAGAGAUGGACGAAAGAUCGGAUGAGAAGCCACAUGAUAAAAUAAAAUUGGAGAUAGAUGAGGAAAAAGACGCAAUGGCGGGUAUAGAUGACGAAAUCCAAGGAGAUUCGUCAGAAUCGAAGUAUCCUUGGCAAAGAGGAAAGUUGGGUUUUUCAUGGCCAAAGUAUCUUGAGCAUUGUAAAGCAAAAGCGGCGCCUGUUAAAUUAUUCAAGGAUCCCUUUCCCUAUAGUAAAAAUCAUUUUAGAGUUGGAAUGAAAUUAGAAGGCAUAGAUCCAGAACAUCCUUCUCGAUAUUGUGUUCUGACCAUUGCCGAGGUUGUAGGUUAUCGAAUGCGUCUACAUUUCGAUGGUUAUCCGGAAAAUUAUGAUUUCUGGAUAAAUGCAGAUAGCAUGAAUAUAUUUCCCGCCGGUUGGGCUGAGAAAAACGGCAAGAAAUUGAAUCCACCAAAGGGUUACACAUCCGGAAGCUUUAAUUGGAAUGCAUAUCUAAAACUCUGUAAAGCACCUAUAGCUGCGAAGAAUCUAUUCCCGAAUAAAGGCGCACUGCAAUCUGUCUUUCCUACGGGCUUUCGGGUGGGCAUGAAAUUGGAGGCAGUGGAUAGGAAACAUUCUUCAUUACUUUGCGUCGCUACCAUAGCAGGCUUAUUGGAUUCUCGAAUAUUAGUCCAUUUCGAUUCUUGGGACGAGGUGUACGAUUACUGGGCUGACGCGAGUUCACCAUAUAUUCACCCUGUCGGAUGGUCUCAUCACAACGGACGCGUCUUGGUGCCGCCAAAUAAUUAUAAGGAAAAAACUUUCACUUGGGAUACGUAUCUGAGAGAAACCGGCUCAGUGGCUGCUCCGGCUAGAGCAUUCAAGCAACGUCCACCGUGUGCGUUCAAACGUGGUAUGAAACUGGAAGUAGUGGAUAAGCGGGUGCCACAAUUAAUUAGAGUGGCAACGGUCGAGGAUGUAAAAGAUCAUCUAUUGAAGAUAAAGUUCGAUGGUUGGCCCGAUAAUCAUGCUUAUUGGGUUGACGAUGAUUCACCUGAUAUUCAUCCUGUGGGUUGGUGUGCAAAAACCGGUCAUCCAUUAGAACCACCACUUACAGCCGAUAAUUUGAAUGAUCGACCGGAAUGUGGUACAUAUGGUUGCCGAGGUAUAGGACACAUAAAAGGACCUAAAUUCGCAACGCAUAAUUCAGCAUCCGGUUGUCCGUAUUCUCCCCAAAAUCUAAAUAAAACGGGACAAAUGCCUGAUAGACUCAAUUUGACAAAAAGUCACGACUUUCACGAAUCCUAUGACUACGAAGAAGAGCUACAGGAAAAAAUAAAACUAGAGAAGACUGACAGAAUAAAAAUAGAAAAGUCUGAAAAAUCCGAUAAACUUGCGUUUUCUGAUGAUGGAAUAUUAAUGAUUGAAAAAGAGAUUAAACAGGAAGAUGGAGAUUCGUCGGAUAAGAAUGACAAAUCUGAAAAUAGAUCAGAUAAUAAUUCAGAAAAAUCCAAUAAGUUCAAGAAUCUGCAUAGCGAUGGACAAACGGAUGAUGAUGAGAUUUCGAGAAAACGAAAAAAAAGACAUCAAAAUUCAGAAGAGUCUUUGUUUUCCGUUUCCAAUGUCGCAUAUGGCGAUCUGCAUUGGAGUGCUGCCCCAUAUGCUUCAAAUAUGCCGGUCAAGCAAUUGCGUAAAGAGUUAUAUCAAUCUGUAUAUAAUCCUGGAUAUAAUCCAUUGCCGAAUGCACCGCAUAUAUGGGCGAAACAUAGCAAUGCCUUAAAUAGAGUAGUAUCGAGGCAGACCACAAAUCCGCGACGAUGGUCUAAUGAAGAAGUGAUUAAAUUUAUACAAAGCAUGCCUAACUGUGCAGAAGCUGGGAAUGUUUUUAGACAGAACAAUAUCGAUGGUGAGGCAUUUUUAAUGUUGACUCAAGAGGAUUUGAUGUCGGUAUUGCGUCUACGACUUGGGCCUGCGAUUAAGUUGUACAAUAGCAUAGUUUUAUUACGUCAAAAAGCAUCAUGAAUUACGCGCGAGCAAAGCAUGUGUCACUGACUGACGAAAUGUGUGGCAGCUAUUGUGACAGGAUAUAAUCUCGUCUAUAAUUUAUUUAAAAUCUUAUUAAAGAAAUUCCAAAAUUCAUCGUCAAAACCCAUAAUUCGUUAAAAUCCGAAUUUGCUGAUUAAAACUAGAAUGGUUGAUUAGAGGUAAAAUCGAAAAAAUGUGAAACAAUACAAUUAUAGAUCUCGUUUCAACUAAAUUUAAAAUUAGUUCUAUCUAGUGAAAUCGGGUUUUAACGAUUAUGAGUUUUGAUGGUAACAUAUAUAUUUCUUUGCCAAUAAAUUUCAGAAGUGUCUUUUCUUAAAUGGACGGGCAAGAAAACUAACGAGAUUCAUGCGAGCGGACAUUCGCAAGUGCGUAGUUCUGAACAGUUCUAAAAUAUUUUUGUAUAAUCCUUUUCUUUCAAAUCGACAAUUGGUAGAGAAAAAAAAUUAUGAAAUUGAAAUACUUAUAUGACAUUUUAAUUUGACAAUUCUGUGAAUCAUUUCUAAUAAUUGUAAUUUCUGUAAUGCGACAAGAAAUUCAAAGCUGUAUGCAUUGCUUUGAAGUACUUAUAACUUGAUAUGACAUAUGAUUAAUUUUUCGUAUAUGAUGAGUGUAAUGAAUCGUGUACAAAUGUAAAUAUUGUUUUAAUUAUUAGGUAUUGUAAUAAAAAUACUUAUGCAAUCUUUUCACUUAA